AAGGUGGUAUCGGAGGAGGAGCAGCGGGACAGCGGGAGCGAGCAGCGGGGUGACGAGGAUGACAUCCCCCUGGGGCCCCAGUCCAACAUCAGCCUCCUGGACCAGCACCAGCACCUCAAAGAGAAGGCGGAAGCUCGGAAGGAGUCGGCCAAGGAGAAGCAGCUGAAGGAGGAGGAGAAGAUCCUGGAGAGCGUGGCAGAGGGCCGAGCGUUGAUGUCGGUGAAGGAGAUGGCGAAGGGCAUCACCUACGACGAUCCCAUUAAAACCAGCUGGAGAGCCCCUCGGUACAUCCUGGGCAUGUCGGAGGCGCGGCACGACCGCGUGCGCAAGAAGUACCACAUCCUGGUGGAGGGGGAAAGCAUUCCGCCCCCCAUCAAGAGCUUCAAGGAGAUGAAGUUCCCCGCAGCCAUCCUGAGGGGCCUGAAAAAGAAGGGAAUCCAGCAGCCCACUCCCAUACAGAUCCAAGGCAUCCCCACGAUCCUCUCGGGAAGAGACAUGAUUGGCAUUGCCUUCACUGGCUCUGGCAAGACCUUGGUGUUCACCCUUCCCGUGAUCAUGUUCUGCCUGGAGCAGGAGAAGAGGCUGCCGUUCUCCAAGCGAGAGGGGCCCUACGGACUCAUCAUCUGUCCCUCGCGGGAGCUGGCCCGGCAGACCCACGGCAUCAUCGAGUACUACUGUCGCCUGCUGCAGGAGGACGGCCUGCCCCCGCUGCGCUGUGCCCUCUGCAUCGGGGGCAUGUCUGUCAAGGAGCAGAUGGAGACAAUUAAACAUGGUGUACACAUGAUGGUGGCAACCCCUGGCCGCCUGAUGGACCUGCUGCAGAAGAAGAUGGUGAGCCUGGACAUCUGCCGUUACCUGGCCUUGGAUGAGGCUGACAGGAUGAUCGAUAUGGGCUUUGAGGGGGACAUCCGUACCAUCUUCUCCUACUUCAAGGGCCAGCGGCAAACCCUCCUCUUCAGUGCCACAAUGCCCAAGAAGAUCCAGAACUUUGCCAAGAGUGCCCUGGUGAAGCCCAUCACCAUUAACGUUGGGCGAGCGGGUGCUGCCAGCCUGGAUGUUGUGCAGGAAGUGGAGUACGUGAAAGAGGAGGCCAAGAUGGUGUACCUCCUUGAGUGCCUGCAGAAGACCCCACCACCUGUGCUGAUCUUCGCAGAGAAGAAGGCGGAUGUCGAUGCAAUCCACGAGUACCUGCUGCUCAAGGGAGUGGAAGCUGUGGCCAUCCACGGAGGGAAAGAUCAGGAGGAACGGACAAAAGCCAUCGAGGCCUUCCGGGAUGGGAAGAAGGAUGUCCUGGUUGCCACUGACGUCGCUUCCAAGGGCUUGGACUUCCCAGCCAUCCAGCAUGUCAUCAACUAUGACAUGCCAGAGGAGAUUGAGAACUAUGUUCACCGUAUCGGGCGUACAGGCCGUUCGGGCAACACCGGCAUUGCCACCACCUUCAUCAACAAGGCCUGCGAUGAGUCGGUUCUGAUGGACCUGAAGGCCCUGCUCCUGGAGGCGAAGCAGAAGGUGCCGCCUGUGCUCCAGGUGCUGCACUGUGGGGACGAGACCAUGCUGGACAUCGGAGACGAGCGGGGCUGUGCCUUCUGCGGCGGCCUGGGCCAUCGCAUCACUGACUGCCCCAAGCUGGAGGCGAUGCAGACCAAGCAAGUCAGCAACAUCGGCCGCAAGGACUACCUGGCCCACAGCUCGAUGGACUUCUAG